GGGGUUUGUUAAGCCGCUCGUCUAGACAGAGACUUUAUUAUUUUGUCUUUGUUUCUUGGAAGUGGAUAAACUGCUACACUCGGCUUAAAUAUAAUACACGGAUUAAAACAAAACGGUCGCAAGGGUCCUUUCCGAAGACGCUAUGUUGGAAGAGGACCCUGCGUUGAGCGAUCACUUCUAACGCCUUGUAUCUCCACACCAUGGGCCAUGUCUCUCGCUAAACCGUCUAAAAUGAGCUUGGCUCUAUCGUGGCAGUCAACAUUGUACUAUUUCUUCAAAAGUUAUUAAAAGCCGGUGUGAAGGGUUUAGAAAGGAAUCAAGCAUAUUCAGGCGGCCAACUUGCAAGGCCAGCUGUGCCACGCUGGCACCUGCGAGGCGCAGCUGCAGGCACACUCGACGCCUUUAAUAGCAGCGAUGCCCCAUGAUCUGGAUUGUAGUUUCUACUUUCACUCGUUCUUAAUGCUGUACCACCAUGGCAGCACUGCUAGGCGUCGUUUCCUCCGGUAUUAACGCUGCAGGGUUCCCCGGUCAGCUUGCCAAACAAGCAUUCGAGUUACGACGACUCUGGAAUGAAGUCCAAGAUGCGCCAGAAGAUGUGUUCGACUUGAUUGAUCAGAUGGAAUGGCUACAACCAAUGGUUUCGUCUAUGGGAAAUUCACUGUCCGACCACUCCGUUAAUGUUCCCAAUGGAGCAGAGCAGUGCCUUGUUCAGUGUGGAAAGGCACUCUCGAACCUGCAAAAGCUUGCUAUCGAUCUUAGUCAAAAUAUCACCUCAAAUAAACGACUCAAGAAGUCUAUUGCCAAGAUUAGAGUCAUCAUAAAAAAGGAACAGCUUCAAAAAUAUCACUCCCGGCUCGAAAACGCCCUAAAUGGACUACGGACUGCGUGUCUUGUUUAUACCAUGAACCAAUGCUACUCCAUGAAGAGAGAUACCUCUGCCAUUAUAUCGAAACUUGAAAAUUUCGAGGAUUCGAUAAAGAAGACAGAUUCGUCGCUUCCGGUCAAGAAUCUGCCUACCAGCGCCGCGCGCCGCUGUCACGCAUGGAACAGUAGUGCGCAUAUGUGGGGGUCUGACUAUUCAUUUCAAAGCUAUGAGACGAAAGGAGAGACAUUUCAAUCGCUGCGACUCCGAUUGCAACUCCCUCGAUGGCUGACUGGAUUGUCACUCAACGUCAUAUUGCAACAUGAGACCUGCGGUUGGAAGAUGUCUUUAUAUCCAAGAACUAUCCGGCCAUAUCCAGAAACAGUUUUCGAUAUCAUAUCCAACGGCUCAAGUGCUGAUUUGUUUAAAUUUCUAUCCCAAUCUAAGCGAACUCUGUUUGACUACGAUGAAAAUGGCAGAUCUUUGAUUCAUCACUGCUUACAUCGUCAUAACGUGGCUAUCGCUCUGGAUCUUAUUGAUGCCGGUGUAAAGCUUGAUGAGCCGGACAAUGAUGCGUGGACGCCAUUUAUGAUGAUUUGUUCGUCAUUUCGGGAAUCACCAAACCGAGAUGUUCUUCUUAGAAGACUCGCUUCUACGGGAUUGCUGUAUGAGCACGCUCAUGUUAGACGGUGGGCAGGACGGCACGGCACAAGUCGGCUCCUUGCUAUUGAAGAUGCGCAAUUAAAUAUCAGUGGUGCGGCACAUAUUAUACAACAAGUCACUCAUCUUGGACUUCAGAAAGUACAUGUGGCACAAAUAGAGUGGAACCACGUUCUGAAUGCCGACAAUCUACUUGGUCUAAUACAGUCUGGAAGUGUCAUUGGCUUGGAGGAAUUUCGGCUUGCGACAAGACAAGGUUCGUUUCCCAGCUUCCAGGGCAUGGCUGGAUUUGCUCAUUUCUACUUUGAUUCAUAUCGCCAUACAAGGGUGGCACCAAUCGAUGGGAUCAGCUGUGAGUUGGACCCUUGGCGCCAGCUCUUACGAAUCCUCUUUGCUGGCGCAACGACACCCGAAAUAUGCCCCAUCAGGGAUCCGUUCAAUCGACAGCAGACACUACUGUUCUCUGGUAUUCAUUGGCUCUGUCCAAUCGACUUGGUUUUCCCAGCUGCGCGAAUUCUCUGUCGACGUGCUACGCUUCGGGCGCAGCACUGGCUAGAAGAUCUGGCGGCCUGUGGUAUCGAUCUGGAAGAAUACGGGCGAAAUGAAGCAAAUGUAUUCGUGUCAAGCAACUUAACAAUGCAAGAAAAUUUAUGCUACUUUAAGACGUCAGAUGGCCAGUCAUCGCCAGUUUUUGGACCUUCAGUUACCAAGUUCAGCUACGGACCAGUACCUGCAGAUUGGACAUUUGUCUGGGACUACUGCAUCCCAGCAUAUGCUCGAGAGUUCUGGCAAAUGGUUGAGCCUCCUCCUCCAAGCGGCAUGCCUGGAUCAUGGAUAGACGAAGAAUAGUCUAAUUAAAACGUCAAUACAUAGAUAUAUAU